AUGCUGUUUGAAGAUAAGAUCGAUGCUCUUGGAGGAGAAAACGUAUCGAUCAUUGAUGAGGGUGGAUGUGACAGAAAGAUGAUAUGUGGUAAAGAUUACUCAACUGCUGUAUUCUUUCGUUUCAAUGAAACUGAAAUCCCUCCUCCCAGCGAUAUUAAUAGUGAUCCUAGGGUUAUGCAAUGGUUACGCACAACAACUGACAUGGAUUGGAAUGACGAGACAAGACCAGCGUUUGAUUUUUUUGAUUACUUUGGAAUCAUUUGUGAAAAUAAUGUAUGGUACACCACAAAGACGCCACUAGGAUUUUUAUACAUCACAGACGAGGAAAAAGGAAAAGGAAGUGGAAACAUAGACCAGUUGGAAGGGAAAAAAACAAAAAUAUCUUUAUUUGCAUGCCUCCCCCCUGCGUCUGCGGCAUGCACCUGUCCAGAUAUUCGCGAAUUGGUAGAACCAAUAGACAAAAGUUGGGUGACAACCAUGGCUAUUGAUCUUGUCCCAUUUACGAUGAAAGAUGGUUGUGUUACGUCAAUCACCUGCAGCACUCAUCCUUGGACUUGGAUUAGAACAGCUUUCAAUGAGUCUGAAAUUACUGCUCCUGAUGAUAUAUAA